GCGCCACAUUACCUUUUAAAACCCGCGUUGUUCUUCCUUUACCUUACAUUACACAUUAUCCAACUAGAAGCUCGACCUUGACCUUCUGACCACACAGUCUCAAACCGUUCUUCUUCUUUCCUUUCCCCGACCACAGUAUUAGGGUUCAUUCAACACGCAACAUUAUUCUUUCCAAACACAACACUCUGUUAUAAAAUCUACAACACCCCACACAAAAGCAACAAACAAACCACCAUGCACAAGAGCGCUUCUGGAUCGACGUUGGGCCCGGGGGGCUUGGACCUAACCCAAGUCUUCUUCAAGCCCAUUACCAACGCCGCCCCUCCCUCUCCCACCAAGCGCCACAACAAGAUCUCCGUCAUCGGCGCCGGCAAUGUUGGAAUGGCCAUUGCCCAAACCAUCCUCACCCAAGACCUCACCGACGAGCUCGUCCUCGUCGACACCAACGCCGACAAACUCCGCGGUGAGAUGCUCGACCUCCAACACGCCGCCGCCUUCCUCCCCCGCACCAAGAUCCACGCCUCCGUCGACUAUUCCGUCACCGUUAGCUCCGAUCUCUGCAUCGUCACGGCCGGCGCUCGCCAAAUCGCCGGCGAGUCCCGGCUCAACCUCCUCCAGAGAAACCUCUCCCUCUUCCGCAGCAUCGUACCCCUCCUCGUUCGUUACUCCCCUGACUCCAUUCUCCUCAUCGUUUCUAACCCUGUGGAUAUCCUCACCUACGUCGCUUGGAAACUUUCCGGAUUCCCUUCGAAUCGGGUCAUCGGGUCGGGCACCAACUUGGACUCGUCACGCUUCCGUUUCCUCAUCGCCGAUCACCUCGACGUCAACGCUCAGGACGUACAGGCUUACAUGGUGGGAGAGCACGGGGAUAGUUCGGUGGCGCUAUGGUCUAGCAUUAGUAUUGGUGGGGUUCCGGUGCUAAGCUUUUUGAAGAAUCAGCAAAUUGCGUAUGAGAAAGAGACGUUGGAGAACAUACACAAGAGUGUGAUAGAUGGUGCUUAUGAGGUAAUAAGGCUGAAAGGGUACACCUCAUGGGCCAUUGGGUACUCGGUGGCUAGCUUGGCCCGCUCCAUUCUUAGGGACCAGAGGAAGAUCCACCCUGUGUCUGUUAUGGCAAAGGGGUUUUAUGGCAUUGAUGAUGGGGAAGUGUUUCUGAGCUUGCCGGCACAGCUUGGUAGAGGAGGGGUACUGGGUGUCACCAAUGUGCAUUUGAAUGAAGAGGAGACGCAAAGGCUCAGGAACUCUGCCAAAACCAUCCUAGAGCUUCAGUCUCAGAUGGGUAUUUGAAUGUUACAUGAUCAAGUCGAGCUUUUCUGGCUGGCUGGUUAGUGCUUUUGUACUUGUUCAUAUGGUACGCCAUAAAUUGUUACUGUUCAUGUUACUCCUUACCCCUUGCAGGGCAAGUUCUUUUAUUUACAAUAUUUAACCAGUCCAGUAAUAUUUCGUUUUUCUAUAGCUGUGCUUUUUUUUGUGUGCAUUCUACACAUCGGAUUGGUGCAAUGCAAUUUCGCCUGUGUUGUUUUUUGUUCAUCUAUGACAUUUAUUAGGUAAUUCAAACCGCAUU